AUGCCUCCUCUUCGCCUCGCCAUCCUCGAAGCCGACACACCUCAGCCUCAAACCCGUGAUCGCUAUGGCGGCUACACGGGCGUUUUCACCGCACUCCUCGAAGCAGCCGCAAAGCCUCAGAAGCUUUCUGAUCUCGUCACCAUCAAGGGCUACGACGUGGUGAAUGAUCUGCACUGCUACCCUUCUCUCGACGACAUCGAUGCGAUUCUGAUCACUGGCUCUCGCCACACGGCGUUCGAUAACGAUCCUUGGAUUCUUAAGCUCGUCGAGUUCACGAAAAAGGCUAUUGCGUCGAACCGCGUGCGUGUCGUGGGCGUGUGCUUUGGACAUCAGAUCGUUGGUCGAGCUGAGGGCGCCAAGUGCGGUAGGAGUAAUAGGGGAUGGGAAGUUGCUGUCACUGAGGUUGAUUUGACAGCCAAGGGCAAGGAGAUCUUCGGGUUGGACAAGAUGCGCAUUCACCAAAUGCAUCGCGACAUUGUCGACGCAUUCCCCAAGAACUCUGUUCCCCUGGGCUCCAACGAAAUCUGCGAAGUCCAAGGAUUCUACUCCCCUGGAAAGUACAUCACGGUGCAAGGACACCCUGAAUUCAACGAGGAAAUCAUUUCAGAAAUUCUGUUCAACCGUCACACUGUUGGUAUCUUCACGGACGAGGUCUACAAUGAUGCCAUGAAGCGUGCGCCUCUGCCUCAUGAUGGAGUUGCCAUUGCCAAGGCCUUCCUCAAGUUCUGGAGAGAAGGUUAG